AUUUCUGUUUGUCACUUUGCCAUGCCAGUGUGCUGUUUUCCCUUCUUUCUUUCUUUAUUUUCCUUUUUUCUCUUUAGUUUAAUUAUCAGUAGUUUUUGAAAAAUGUUAUGUCACCUAAAGAUUAAAGGACUCCCACUCAUUCCUGAUCAUGUGAUAGCUAGCCUGUCAGCUUUCCUUUUAUCUCUCUCUGUGGAAUCUUCUCUUCUUCACUUCUUCAGUCAUUUUUGGUUGUCACCAACCUCACUAUUCCAUUCCUUUCUUUUUCUUAGCUUAAUAACUUCUUUUCCCCUGAUUCAAAUUGUGAGCAACUGUUCCUGGAUCCCCAUGGCUGGUGAAACUUCUCAGACUGUUCCAACCCAUCAUGCUGAUUCUACUACUGCAACUACUACUGAUGAGCAAGUUGAGAAGAAAGUGAAUGAAGAAGCAAUAAUAGUUGAACAGAAGGAUGGUGCUUCUCCAUCCGAGGAAGGCAAAGAAGAAGAAAAAGAAGAACCCAAAGCAGAGGAACCGCAAGCUCCAUUAGUCUCUUUAAAUGAAUCAGUAGGGAAGAAAUAUGAUACUCAGAUGGAGCAUUCUUUACCAGAGACUGAUGAUACUCCUGCUUCAAAUGUUCCAGCUGGAGACAAUUACACAAUGACACAGGAUGCUGCAACUGAAGCGGGCACUUCUGUUCUCGAACCAGUAAUUGAUGCUGAUAAAAGCCAACUGGAGGACCAGCCAGCAAUAGAACCCUUUGGAAAACAACCACAGGAACAACCAGCAGCAGAAUCUGUUAAGCAACAGGUAGAGGUACAACCAAAGGAAGUUGAUGCUCCUGAAGAAUCAGUAGGAAAGGACUUGGAGAGUACUCCUGUCAACAAAACACAAGCAGCUGUCAUCGAACAUUUAGAAGCAGUUUCUGGAAAAGCAGAACCAAUUCCUGAAGUGGACAAGCAAGAGGAACAACCUUUCAUUCCUGAACAAGUUGAGAAAGAAUGUGAGGAAGUUGGAGUAAAGGAAUGCGAUGUGAAAGAAGCUGGGACAGCAUGUGAGCAAGUUGAGUCAAAGGAAGCCGUGGAAAGUGAAACAGUGAAAGAUACAGGGACUGUGACUGAUAAAGUUGAGGAUACCUCAUUCUUGAAGGAGGAACAGUUUCAUAAAAAUGGGGAACUUCAUCUGUCCAAAAUUUUAGAUCAAGUUGUUUCAACAAACCAUGGGGUUCAAGACCAUUCCAAAGCAGAUGGAGGGGAUCAAUCUUCUCUCCACAUUCAAACAGAAAAGGCUUGUUCCAAGGAGGAGGAGAAGGAAACGAGCGGGGAUGGUGUGGUUGAGGUGUUGCCAAAAGAGUCAGCUGCGGAGUCAGGAAUGGUUGAUGAACAGAAUGAAGCAAAGAAUGUGAACAGUGGGGAGAAAGGUGUUGUAACUGAGGAAUCAGCUCAGCCUGUGACUAACAAAGUUGAGGAAGCAAUUGAUUCUAUGUCUACAAUUGAAGCAAAUGAAAAACCAUUUGAGGAAGAGGACGUUGAACUGGUUUCUGAAAACAAGAAAGAAGAGAACAUAAGAGAUGAGAUACCUGCUUCAGUUGAAACUAGAAAUGAUGCAGGCAUAGGGGAAAUUCCAGAUGAAUUCACCAUAUCUGCAGUUGAAAAAGCAGUUGGAGAGCACAAAGAGUCCGUGGAAGUGAAAAAGAAAGAAGCUGUAAAAACCAAUGCAGAUGAGAGGGUAAAAGAAGUUGACGAGGUUGUGAAGUCUGAUGUUCAAAACCUUGAGCGCUCAUCUUGUAAGGAUGGCAAUGACACAAAAAUAUCCCAGGACCCACCUAAAGAACAAGCUCCGGCCAAGCUCAGUCAAAAGCACUCAAACAACAUCAUAUCAAAAGUGAAACAAUCACUUGUCAAGGCAAAGAAAGCCAUUAUUGGAAAAUCUCCAAGCUCUAAAGCUCUCUCAUCUGAUACCAAGGGUGAUAUUAAGGUCAAAUAAAGCAAGGCAUGCUUCUUCACUUGCCCACGUCUCAUAUAUAACUUAGUUGUUUGGUCCAGCUGUGCUUCUUCUGUUCUAUGUUGAUCAUUGGCUUCCUAGCGUUGUGCGACUGCAGAUUGGGUGUAUAUACAAGUAUAGGGUGGUGUGCUUGGCUGCUUGUGAACACUGGAAAUAUUUUUUCUAUUAUAUUUCACAUGAUUUGUUUUAGUUGUAUGUACUAUUUUGGUCAUGGUGCUCAGUCGUUCGUCAGUAAUGAUUGAUCACACUAGUUGGAUCGAUGAAUAUGCAUGUAUUGAAACAGUAACCAAGGUUCAGUUAUUGAGUUCUUUUCCAAAA